AUGCAGAUCGACGAUGUCCGAAUUGAGUUCGGUGAGCUAUUACAAGCCUUGCGGCUUUUGAAGAAAUUGGACAGCCGUAUACCCACACAUUCAUUUCUCAGCAGCUUGCUCACACAAUCGGAGAAAAGACUCAAGAACGGGACCGUCUAUGCUUAUGGGAAGGACAGCACCGCUGACCCUGUGGUGCGUUUGCCGGUUCCGGGGCCGAAAGCAAAUGUUGACUCAGCUGCAGUCCAACAACACGAGGACCUUGUUUCCACAAUUGAAAAACUGGAAAACAUGCUUGCGCGCGUCGACAAGGUAGUGCAAAAAGAAUUGGUCGAGCCGCUGAUCGAUGGCGACCAGGGUAUCGAUGACAUGAGUGACGAUGAGAAUGAUGGUUUCUUCGCAGAAAUGGAACUCCGUGACUACUUGCGACAACAGAACGCAUCGUUACGUGAGAGCACAUACCUCUAUCGGUCAUUGAGCCAACUGAACAACAUGAGAAGGGACCGGCGAAAUAAAAUGCGACCCUCUCUUGGAAAGACGAUGCCCGAUGACCAAGCGGCGGUGGAUGCAGAAGCCGAAUUAAGGGCGACGAUGGAUGCUCAGCUCGCGGAAAUGCUUGCGAAUGGUAUUCCUGCGACAGGCUCCCGGAACACAUGGGCACAAUUUCAGUCCAUAGCGCCGCCCAUCUCUCGUCUGGGAUGGCAGGGUGAUCGGCGGAAAGAGUCAAUCAUCAACCUGUUUGAGUUACUCGUUGGCGAGCCCGAAUCGACACUUGUUGGAUCGCGGGAGCGAAAUCCAGCCCCUCGCUCGAUGCCAGUAAAUACUGCUGACGCUAGAGCUCCUGGAGAAACGCCACUUCUGGAAAGAAUUCUUUUUCAUUCUUUGGAGCUCACCGGCAUUCUGGUAAACGUUUCUGGCGGUAUGUUCUACCGUGGCGAUAUUGGCUGCCUGCCGGGUAUCAUCCGACCGUUCAAAAUGCUGGUAUAUUACGAAAAGCAACUUCGCGAUUAUGCAGCAAGCCUUCAAGCAGGAGAUGCGGCCGUGGGCGAAGACAGCCCCAUUGUGACUUUGAAGGAUGACGUUGGGGCAAGUCGUACAUCUGAGACAGGGCGCGAAAAUAACAGCUCAGACGAAGGGGUCAUUGAACGAGACAACUCGGUCCGCCUGCUGCAUAUCCGAUGCCUGUUGGAUUUCAUUGAUAAUGAAGUCAACGCUAGAAAAGAACACCUCAAGAGCGGGCACUGCAAGAAAGUUACAUUCAGCGAUUUGUGGUAUCUAUUCCAGCCAGGCAUCGAGGUCAUCGACCAGGAUAACAAGCAGGCUUACCGAGUUGUGCGUGUGAUGAUGCCGAAGCACAACACAAUCUCGCCAUGGGAGUGCUUCCGCAGUUUCAAAUCCCAGGAUGGCGAGGAAAACUUGGAGAAGUCAGCCAAAAUCCAUUGCAUCUAUAUCGACUGUGAUGGCGAAGAGAUCGGUCCUGUCCUCAGGACUUUCGAAAUUGCACAGUUCGACCAAGAGAAAAUGAUUGAGGCACUGCCAAUCUACCCUCUCCGGAUGGUCCGUGAGGCUGGCUUUCGAGAUCGACUUGUCGAAAGGGGCAAGAUGCUAUGGGCUGUGAUACAGGUCAAGCCCAUGUAUUACGCCGGUCAUACUAUUGACAUAAGGGAGGAGGCAGACAGCCAGGUGAUGAUCGACUUCAGGGAGGCUCUGAUACAUGCCUCUGAGCAUGACAAAGAAUGGAAGCCCCACGUUGACGUUACACCCACGUCAUUCGAGGAAGUCGUGGACCCCGAGAAGAAAUAUUGUCACUCCGUCUGCUGCUAUGGCCAGGUCAUACACGACGAAUCGUAUGUGGAGGUUAAGCAGACCGAGGAAUUCAUCCAAAGCCAGCUGGAAAGAAGCUUGGGGGAUCGAGCAUCGCUUAUGCUUUAUCCCCAGACGAUCGGAGAGAUUCUUGAUGCAAAUAGCACUCCUAACAAAGACGAGCUCAUUCUCAUGAGCUACAGGGCCUUUGGAUUCAUCCUGAGAAGCCGAAAGUGGGCACAACUUGACUUGACAUACAUGAAGUAUGAGAACGAAGCCAACAGAACCAACGUCUUACUAAGCGCCUUUGACCGACUCAUCCUCCCCGAGGGCCAUAAGGAGAUGGUCUAA